UAAUUUUAACCUGUCAGUUCAAAGAGCAGAUGCGAGGCCUGAGAGCGACGUUAUAAAACCAAGGAGACAAAAACAACACGUCUGGGGAGGCGACUCGGGCUUGUUUGCUGUUCUGUACGUUGUGAGCAGCAGAUCCAUUGUUUCAUAAUGACUUUGAGCUUCAACUCUGCAUAUCAAGGUAAACUGGGGGUUUGUGUACGUGUUUGAAAACAACUAGAGCUGAAUUAGGAGGCCAUGACAUCAUUGGGAGAAAUAGAGAAGAGUCUAAGUGUUCAGUCAGAUGCUGGUGAUGGAGCACAGCUAAAGAAAAACGCCAGAAAGGCAAAGAAGGAAAUAAAAGCCAAGUAUGAGUCACCGUCCUCGAGGCUCCAGGGCCCGGCACCACCUCCACUGCGACUCCUGCUACAGCCGGCGCUGCAGGGCUCGGGUGGAGGCCUCGGUGAGCUGCGCUCUCGUUCCCUGCCGUCUCCUCUGCGGAGCCGUCUUCCACCUGUGCAAGGAGGAGGAUCACCUGCUGCUCUGCCCCAACGUGAGGGUGCCCUGCCUCAACGCCGGGUACGGCUGCCCCGUCCAGCUGCCCCGCUCCACGCGGGCGGCCCACCUCCAGGUGUGUCCGGCCAGCGUGGUGUGCUGUUCCGUGGAGUGGCUGCGCCUGCCGACCGACGAGACAAACGCGAACGGCUUCAAAGCCCUGCAGGACAACGUGAUGAAGGAACGUGGGGCGCGGGACGACGCUCUGGAUGUGGCCAUGGCUCUGGUCGACCAGUCAGACCUGUACACGCGACUCAGAAUGAAGCCCCUUUAUCCAGAGCACAUGGAAGAGGAAGAGGAGGAGGAGAUGAAGGAGGAGUUCAAAGAGGAGAUAGCUGUCGGAGGGCUUGGUGUUCAAGACCAGAAUCCCAGUGAAGGCCUUCCUGUAAGCAGCCUGUGCGACAGUAAUGCUGCAGGGGAACCUGUUCACAGCAGCGCUGCUCAAGCUUCAGGGGUCAACACGGAGAAGAAACACAACCUGUUCGAGAUGAUGUUCAGCAUGGAGAAAGGCGGCUGCGUUGCCGCUCAGGAGAACGUGGGGAACCCAAAACCAAAACAAAAGCCCGCCGCAGAGGGAGGAAGCCAGGGUGGGACAGAUCGGGAGACGCCGGACAAGGAUCGUGCCAAGCAGAAAAACACGGAGGCGGAUGGUUCUGCUGCGGCCAGGAGCUGCCCGCCGCCCGACACCAGCAAGACCGGCCAGGCCCCGUGGCAGGAGGGGAUCCUGGAGCGUCUGGGGCAGGAGCUGACGCCGCAGGAGUACAACAUGUACAUGGUGCAUCAUGGACGCAUGCUGCUCACCUUCCGACAGAUAGACGCCUGCACCCCCAGGGAGAGAGACUUUGUAUAUGGCAGCCUGGAGCCAAUUCCAGUGCAGACCCUGCGCUCUUUCAAGGUCCCUGUAAGUUACCAAUACAGGAGGCGGGUAUACCUCCACGAGACCGCUGAACGGGUGCAGACUGAGCAGCGAGCUGUGGACACGUCAGACCUGGGAGCCAGUGAGGAGGACUGGUUUUCGGAUGAAGCUGAAGCAACCCUGCUAGGCUACGCUGAGAUGGCAGUCAUAGGUCACAAGAUCAGUGAGACAAAGGCAGCAGACGGGCUCUACGUGGACGUCGGAACACAGACGCACUCUUUCCGGACGGCUCCCUUCAAGCAGAAGACGACCCUGGCGGAAACGUUGGGCGACCGACCGCCGCGGCUUCUUCUGCAGCUUCAGACGGAGAGUGUGAACAGCAGAAACAACAGAACCAGCUGCGCGUUCACCUUCCUCUGCGGUCACACCUUUCACCGCAGAGAGUUCGCCACGCACUACAGGAACGUGCACAGUGAUAUCCAGAUGUGUCUGAGUGAUUGGUUUGAACAGCGGUGCCCCCUGGCGUAUCUGGGCUGCACCUACAGACAGAGCAGGUUUCAUCCGUCCACUCAGAAGGCCACUGUCACCUACAAUCAGCAGCUGAAGUGUCUCAACUUGCGUCCGGAUGUCCUUCCCUCUCUGGACUCCUCUGCUGCUCAGAGGAGGAGUAAAAGUCAAGCGGGACACGGGGAAGACUGGCUGAGCCGGCUGCCCUACGAGGUGCUGUGCCAUAUAGCCAGCUUCCUGGACAGCCUGUCCCUGUCCCAGCUGGCACUGGUGUCCUGUCUCAUGAGGCAGGUGUGCUCCUCUCUGCUGCGGGACAGAGGGAUGGUGACCCUCCGCUGGGAGAGGACAAACGCCUCACACGUGGGAGCCAAGUGGAGGUCCAGACCUGUGUGGGAGUUCAGUCAUCUGUUCUCUACAGUGGACGCAUGGUGCCUGGCUGAUGUUCCUCCCAUUUCUGCUCAUCUGAAAGUCUGUCCGUACUACCAGACGACUGAGCACGGGGAGCCGGUUCCCCUCCCCUUCCUCAUUGAGAAACAGGAGAAGAGUCCGAAGAAUUCAAGCCUCCUCAAUCAUUUUACGGGAAGAAGAUGACAACAAUCCAGAUGUGAAAAUAAAAGACUCUGCUUCCUGCAUUAAGUUAAAUCAAUUUCUAUUUAAAUGUAGCAUUACAUCUAGGAUUGGGUAUUGAACCCAAGCAACCAUCCUGGUUUGUUGCAACCUAAAACCCCAGUGCCCUCCCUCCUCUAAAGAAGCACCGAUGCCUCACCACUGAGGCACACAGGUUACAGCUGUAUCUGUGAGCUUUUGACGCUCCAAGAGGAGAAACACUUUUAAAUUUACUAAGUUAACCACUUAGUUUGCAGCAGAUCUGUGUUAAAUUGUCCAACCUCCUACAGACUUUGUUGCACACUGAUGUAUCCCACAGCACUCUGAUAAAACGACUGCAGCAAAAACAGCAAAAAAAAAAA